UUCCCUAGCUGGGUGGGGGCUGCCAUCGACCGGGCGUCGCUGCAGAUCCAAGGUCGCCGAGUGAUGAGGUGAAGCCGCCCUCCAGUCCCCUGCCACGCCCGGACUGGUAGCUGCGGCGGCGGCGGCGGCUUCUGGUGCUGCUCUCUGGCUGCGGCAGCAUUAGGGGCUUCUUCCUCGUAAGCGAGGGCAGUCGGAGGAGCGAGGACGUCGGGCCAUUGCCGCCAUGACUGUCCAAGGGCUGACAACCACAUGAGCACUCACAGCCGCAGAUGUCACUUGACUCACCACGGAAAACCUGUCCUAAAGGGAGUGUACACAUGACCACGUUCAUUUCUUUCCCGAAUGGCUUAAUGGAUUUCCUUUACUCCAGUGCAUACCAAAGCGGCCCCUUUCGACCACAGCGAGAAAGGAUUCUGCAUGAGUCACUCCCAGAAUGCCAUUUUCACAUCACCAACAGGUGAAGAGAGCCUCAUGAAUAGCAACCACCGAGACUCGGAGAGCAUCACUGAUGUCAGCUCCAGCGAGGAUCCCCCCGAAGUCGAGCUGGUGAACCUGCUGGAAGAGCAGCUGCCGCACUACAAGCUCAGGGUCGACUCCCUCUUUCUCUGUGAGAACCAAGACUGGGCGCAGUCUUCGCACCAGCGCCAGCCCCAGGAUGCGCCCGAGACCCUGUCUCCCGUCCUUGCCGAGGAGACCUUCCGCUACAUGAUUCUAGGCACAGACAGAGUGGAGCAGAUGACCAAAACCUACAAUGACAUCGACAUGGUUACACAUCUCCUGGCAGAGAGGGAUCGAGAUCUAGAGCUAGCUGCUCGGAUUGGGCAAGCUCUCCUAAAGAGGAACCAUGUCUUAUCGGAGCAGAAUGAAGCCCUGGAGGAGCAGCUGGGACAAGCCUUUGAUCAGGUUAACCAGCUGCAGCAUGAGCUGUCCAAGAAGGACGAACUGCUUCGGGUCGUUUCCACUGCGUCUGAGGAGAGUGAGACCGACUCCAGCUGCUCCACGCCUCUUCGGUUCAACGAGUCCUUCAACUUAUCGCAAGGUUUGCUGCAGCUGGACAUGCUGCAGGAAAAGCUCAGGGAACUGGAGGAAGAGAACAUGGCCCUUCGAUCCAAGGCUUGUCAUAUCAAGACAGAAACCUUCACCUAUGAAGAGAAGGAGCAGCAGCUGGUCAACGACUGCGUUAAAGAACUUCGUGAAACCAACGCGCAGAUGUCCAGAAUGACCGAAGAACUGUCGGGCAAGAGUGACGAGCUGCUCCGAUACCAAGAGGAGAUCUCGUCCCUACUGUCUCAGAUCGUAGAUCUGCAGCACAAGCUUAAAGAACAUGUCAUCGAGAAGGAAGAACUCAGACUUCACCUGCAGGCUUCCAAAGACGCCCAGCGACAGCUGACAAUGGAGCUUCAUGACCUACAAGACAGGAACAUGGAGUGCCUGGGGAUGUUGCACGAGUCCCAGGAAGAAAUAAAAGAGCUUCGCAGCAAGUGUGGCCCAGCCGCUCACCUCGGCUUCUCGCAGUCUUACGGAGUUUUCACGGGGGAAUCAUUGGCAGCUGAGAUUGAGGGGACCAUGCGUAAAAAGCUGAGUUUGGAUGAGGAAUCUGUGUUUAAACAAAAGGCCCAGCAGAAGCGGGUGUUCGACACUGUCAAGGUUGCCAAUGACACUCGGGGCCGCUCCGUCACCUUCCCAGCCCUGCUACCCAUCCCAGGCUCCAACCGCUCAAGUGUCAUCAUGACAGCAAAACCCUUUGAGUCUGGCGUCCAGCAAACAGAGGCCAAAGCCCUCCUGGACCGAGGGAGCAGCAUGGAGGCUCCAGGGAUCUCGCAGCCCACCAGCCACCCAGGACCCACCGAGGACAGUGAUUUGGCUACGGCGAUGCAUCGCCUUAGCCUGCGAAGGCAGAACUACCUAAGUGAGAAGCAGUUCUUCGCCGAAGAAUGGGAGCGGAAGAUCCAAGUUCUGGCCGAGAAGGAAGAAGUCAGUGACUGCGACGCCCCCACAGGGACCCUUGACUCACUCUGCGCUGACCAGUCGGAGACCACAGACCUGGGCAGUGCCGGCUGCCUUCGAGGCUUCAUGCCAGAAAAGUUACAAAUCGUCAAGCCUUUAGAAGGAUCACAGACACUCCAUCACUGGCAGCAGCUCGCUCAACCAAACUUGGGAACCAUCCUUGACCCGCGGCCAGGGGUCAUCACCAAAGGCUUCGCCCAGAUGCCCCAGAUGCCCGAGGAUGCCAUCUACCACCUCUCAGAUUUAGAGGAGGAUGAAGAGGAGGGGAUCACUUUUCAGGUUCAGCAGCCGCUUCACGUGGAGCAGAAACCUGCAGCUCCCACGCCAGUAACAGGGAUCUUCCUGCCACCCAUCACCUCAGCAGGUGGGCCGGUUGCAGUCUCUGUUUCAGUUGCAACUGCGAACCCCGGGAAGUGUCUGUCAUGCACAAACUCGACAUUCACCUUCACCACCUGUAGGAUCCUACACCCCUCUGACAUCACCCAGGUCACCCCUAGCUCCGGGUUCCCGUCACUGUCCUGUGGAAGUGGUGGGAGCAGCUCCUCCAGCCCGGCUGUGAACUCCCCUGCCAUGUCCUACCGGCUCAGCAUUGGUGAAUCCAUCACCAACCGGCGCGACUCCACCAUAACAUUCAGUAGCACGCGGAGCCUAGCGAAGCUUCUGCAGGAGCGAGGCAUCUCUGCUAAGGUGUACCACAGCCCGGCUUCAGAAAUCCCGCUUCUGCGGCCUCGCCCCAAGGCCCUGGCCACCCCUUCCACACCACCAAACUCCCCGUCGCAGUCACCGUGCUCCUCACCCUUGCCCUUCGAACCCCGAGUCCACGCUUCCGAGAACUUUUUGGCUUCCCGACCAGCUGAAACAUUCCUGCAGGAAAUGUAUGGCUUAAGACCUUCAAGGACCGCUCCGGAUGUUGGGCAGCUGAAGAUGAACUUGGUAGACAGGCUGAAGAGACUGGGCAUAGCCAGAGCGAUCAAGACCCCCGAUCCCCAGGAGAAUGGGAAAAGCCGAGAGGCAGAAACGGGUCUUCCAAAACCAGAGUCUGCUGUUUAUUUAAAUUCAAGUGGCAGUUUACUAGGUGGACUGAGGAGGAAUCAGAGCCUUCCGGUCAUGAUGGGCGGCUUCGGAGCCCCAGUUUGCACAACCGCACCCAAGAUGGGAAUCCUGAAGGAAGACUGAGGCUCAGCACCGACUGACCUCACGUAUAAAUUAUUAGCACAUGAAGGAGAGGGAUGCACUGAGGAUGGGAACUGGCUAAGGAGAGCAAAGGCAUGUCGCAGAAGGGCUGCGGAAGUGCGGAGGGUGUCGUGGAGGGGGGAUGGAGGCAUUUGGAUGAGGUCUUUGAGGACGGAGUCGUAAACAGGAAGUGGGGACGUGGGUAGGUCGGAGAUGGAAAUGGAAGGAAGGGUUAGCAUGCUUCUUCAGCUGAGUUUCCUUGCCUUGAAAAUAAAAAAUGAAUAGAAAAACAAACCCAGCCCUAUCAAACACGACAGUAAUACUGAACUGCUGGCCCCUCGGUCCCUAGAGAACACAAGCAGGAAGAGCCAGGAACGGCUCGGCUGUCCCAGAGGGUUGUUCAGCGUAUUGUCUGCUACUGGGACUGCAGGCGCUUUCCCCGCCGAUGCCCAGUCAAAUUGUGCACCCGUCCAAUGGUGCGCUCACAGCAUUAGCAAAAUAAGGAGUUCUGUCCCUUGCUUCAAAAGUGGAGACUUUCUCGUUUCAAAACACUCUCAGACACAGAGAGCCAAACUCCACCCCGAUUGCUUUGUAUUUACAAUUACUAAAACUUCAGUUUUUUAAAACUUGUAUUUUUGUACAACAUAACAAAAAUUUAAAAAAUAACCAUGUGAACGGGCUUGGGAGGGAUUUAGGACGGAAAAUAGGGGUAAGUGGGAAUCAAGACAGCUCUUCAGGAUAUUUCUUCUGGAUAAUAUGGCGGCCAAGGAAUGCAAACAUAAUGCAUGUUUCUCAGAUUUCCUUGGAGGCCGUAAGGCUUAGACCAGAAGUGCAAUCAGUAGUACUUAGAUUAUGUUGUGUAUUUAUAUCUGUAAAUCUUUAAGAAAAGUUAGUCGUAACUAACUUCUUCCAAAGUGUGCUAUGCAUAUUUUUAAUGAAAGAUGACAUGUAUUUGCACAAAAAUUCUCAGGCACAUUAAAUUAUAAACUGAAGUGAAACCCAGGCGCUGGCUCAAGUGUUUGUCAGAUUCCGUUGUUUUCCUCGUGUCAGUAAAAACAGCUGCCUAGUUCUUGGCACCUGAAGAAGCAGAGAAGGACCUUGCUUGUGGCUAAGACUAGAGAGGCCUAGAGAUGGGUCCCGGGAUUUGGCAGUGCGAGGCGGCCCUGAGUUGGGAAGAAAGCUCUCCUUUCUAAGGUGGCAGGGCCAUGGCUUUGUCUUGAGGGAUCCUUCAGGAGAGAACCUCACAUGUGAGGAGAAGACGGAACUCCUUGUUCUGUCUGUGAAAGCAGGAAGUCUCUCCCUUGGUCCUCUUGGUGCUUAACUGGCAAAUACUCUACUUGAGAGGAAUUCUUCAUUCCCACAGAGAGUUGCUUCCUUCUCUCUCUCUCUCUGUCUCUCUCUCUCUCUCUCUCUCUCUGUCUCUCUCACCUCCUCCCCAAGAAGAGCUGCACUCAAAGGGUUAAAAAAAUAAAUACAUAAAACCAAAAUCCAUGAUGGUAAAGGGACACAUGAGCUUUCUAUAUUUCUAGAAUGUAAUAAAACUUUUCUAAAUAAAUUUCUCAACAACCAAGGGUGGAAAGAUGUCCCCUCCCUUGGUCACCCUUUACCUGGUCUAGCUGCUGUCAAUAGAUCGUCACGCACACGUCAACGAAGGACUCCAGGUUAGCAGCGACCUCGCACACACAGGCAUUCAAACAAGAAUAUCUGGUCUUUCUGUUUCCUAAAUAGUCCAAUUCAGUUUUUUUUAAAAAAAAAAAACAUUUGCUUUUCUAGUCUCUCAAUAACUGAAUGCCUCCCUCAGCAAAAGCUUCAGGCUUUGAAGGAAGGACACGUCCGUCGCUUGAACCUUCACAGCUUCCAAAGAAGGAGCAGGAGGAAGGAGGGAAGCAUGGGCUUGUCAGGGAGGUAGAGUGUUCCAUAACCAGGUUCAUAGAUGUCACAUAAACCACCAUAAGUUGGCUAGCCUUUGUGACGUUGUGUUGAGAGUUCUCCUAUAGUGCUGAGUGACCGUUGGAGGCAGGGUGGUGCCUUAGCACCGGGUGAGCGUGUCUGGUUAAAGAAAUCCAGACGAGUUUUUGGACAUUGAGUUGAUUUUGAUGUUCUGGCAGAACACAGGAACUGUGCCCCGGUGCAUGCUUAUCCCUGCAAGUGAAUCCUGUCUUAAAACUGGGCUUUGGUGACUUUGAAGUUUGCACCUAAAAUUAUUUUUGUUAUUGAGAAUCCGUUAGACCAGGCUGUCUCUAAAAUGUAGUAGGACCUGGAGCCUUCCCGCAGGUUCUUCCUCCGUGGAACUAUUUCGCUCGGGUAUACUGUUCAUGUUUUUGUUUUGUGUGCUUUCGUGCGCACAUGGGAAAACCAGAUGUUUUCUCCUUCAGGAUUUUCUGUGAUUAUUUCUCAGGUACUUCUGAGUGUCCUGUCACCAAUUAGGAGAGUCUUCUUAAACUCAGAAUUAAAAUUGCCCUGAAUUUUGAAGAUCCCAAAUCUUAUGUAAAUAGCCUUAGGUUUAAAUCCUUAGACAUUAAUGACCAGUGUUAGGUAAGUAGGUUUUGUUUUUUUUAGUCUUGUUCUUGCCCUUGGUCUGACACAAAUGGUCAGACUCUGUCAAGGGAAGAUGCUUGGAGGAGGCUCACAAGAACCUCGCCCAUAGUGAAGACAUGGGUUACACAGUAUUCAGGCUCCUAGUGCAUAAUCAGUAGUGAGUGCUUCUCACACCAGCUUGACAUCUGGAGAGGGUUGCAUGUGUCUGGGCCACCUUUGCUGAGUGUGGCCGCAGGCAUGGUGUGGGGCCCCGGGGGCUCCAGGAAAAUAGCAUUGUGCAUAUCUGGAACCUGACUUUGUCAAAUAGCUCUUAAUGCACCUUCCUUUGCUCUAUCAAUUGUAAAUCACAGACAAUAAACACAAGAAGCUUCUUACAUUG